GGAAUGGUUCUAUAUAGAGCCCUGAACACUUAUGACCAUCUGUUUGUUGGAUAGGCGUCUGAAAUGAAUAACAUAUGUAUUAUAUAAGGUAUACAGUGCAGUAUAUGAACAGUGCUGGUUUGCUGUCCGUCGCCUGGGUGAAAACGCUCUUCUGUUACGAAAGAAUUCAUGUGAAAAGCCAUUUAAAGCUGCAGUCCAGAGCUCGAGCUCCCUUUAUUUCUCUUUAAUGUUCUUAUGCGGAGCUCAUCUACAGCUCUGUGAGCGAAGAGGCGACCGCAUGAAUGGCUCCGUAAGCCACGCCUCCGGUAGUGGGCGGAGUUUUGUGCGAAAUAGAGAGAGAGAGGAGGAUUCCGUCUCCCUCACUCACUCCGCAGCUAGCGCGCGCGGGCGGCAGUGCGUGGGCCCGCGUGGCUGCAGUGUGUGCGCGUGUGCGCGCGUGUGUGAGUGAGAGAUUCCCGUAUAAAAGGCGCAGCGCUGCUUCUCCUCUCUCUCACUGUCCGCCGCCUCACAGCAGCAGCAGCAGCAGCUCUCUCUCUCUCUUCUGUCUCAAGCUCUCUCUCUCUCAGCGUUCGCGUUGUGAUCCCUCCUGUCUCUCAAACUCCUGUCCAUGGUUCUGACCGAAGCCACCAACAUGUCUCGAGCCGACGAGGUGCACCGUAUAACGGAGAAACGUGUACAAGUCCAUCAUGGAGCAGUUUAACCCCUGCUUGAGGAACUUUGUGUCGAUGGCGAAGACGUAUGAGAAGGCUCUCUCCAGUGUGACAUUUGCAGCAAAAGGCUACUUCGACGCUCUGGUGCGGAUGGGCGAACUGGCCAGCGAGACUCACAGCUCUAAGGACCUUGAAGAAGCUGCGUGGGACGUGCUCUUUCAGAUGGCCGAAGUCCACAGACAGAUCCAGAUGCAGUUAGAGGACAUGCUGAAAUCCUUCCAUAAUGAGCUACUCACAGAAUUGGAGAAGAAAGUGGAGCUGGAUGUCCGAUAUUUAAAUGCGGCUCUGAAGAAGUACCAAAUGGAGCACCGGAGCAAAGGAGAGAGUCUGGAGAAGUGCCAGGCAGAGCUGAAGAAACUGCGAAGGAAGAGCCAAGGCAGCAAGAACCCUUCCAAGUACGGAGACAAAGAGAUGCAGUACGUGGAGGCCAUCAGCAGCAGGCAGAGUGAGCUGGACAGCCACAUCGCAGAGGGCUACAAAAAUGCCCUGUCCGAAGAGAGGAGGAGGUACUGCUUCCUGGUGGACCGACAGUGCGCCGUGGCCAAGAGCAGCAGCGCCUACCACACCAAGGGUAAAGACCUGUUGACCCAGAAGAUUCCACUAUGGCAGCAGGCAUGUGCUGACCCCCACAAGCUCCCUGACCGGACAGUCCUCCUCACCCAGCAGAUGGGCAGUGGGCCUGGUGGACCACACCAUAUCUCGGAGCCUAUUCCUGGAGCCAAACCCCUAUCAGUGCCCCCUGAACUGGCUGCUCUCAUGGGCAGCCAGCAGAGGAUGAUGGGAGCAGAGAGCGGUCCUAUAGUGAACGGCACAGCUGGGAUUCAUGGAGUGGAGGACUAUCAGCACUGGAUGGAGAGCAAAGCUGCACAGGCCAAAACUGUCUCGCCACAGGUUCACCGCCACGGCAGCGACAUCUACUCCAACACUCUGCCUGUCCGCAAAGUUGCACCCAUUAAGAGCAAGAGCACUCUGGCAGAGACCCAGACACUGCCCAGGUCGAGCUCAAUGGCAGCGGGACUGGAGAGGAACGGGCGGACCCGUGUCCAGGCCAUCUUCUCACACGCGGCUGGAGAUAACAACACCCUGCUCAGCUUCACUGAGGGGGACAUCAUCACACUGCUGGUGCCCGAGGCACGGGACGGCUGGCACUAUGGAGAGAACGAGAAGAACAGGAUGCGAGGAUGGUUCCCCUUCUCUUACACCAGAGUGAUCCCUGAAACAGACACUAGCAGAUUGCAUGUCAGUUUGCAGCAUGGCAGAAGCAGCAGCACAGGGAAUCUUCUGGAGAGAGAACCGGUCACUAUUCCGUCUGCUGAUUAUGGCUCCUCCUCUCGGCUAAUGGCACAGACCGCCUCACUGAGCAGACAGAGACCAUACAGUGUGGCAGUGCCAGGAUUUUCACAGCAAGGGCUCGAGGACUACGAGGCCCGCUUCCAAACAAGUUCGGAGGGCAAAUUGAUAUCGACAGUGUGAGAGGACAGACAGACACACAGGCACUCGUCUGCAUAGGACAGGCACCAUCCCUCCUCCUUCCCUCACUCAUUCACUCCUCUUCUCUCCCUCACUCGUCCAUCCCGCUUUUCACCCUACCCACCAAAGAAGAGGAGGAACACCCAUCUUCCCCCCUUCCUCCUACCCCUUUUCCUCCUUAGCUCCUAUGCUUCCCCACCGGGUAGAUGCCUGGUGGUCAUGGAACCAUGCUAAAGGAACCAGAACGCAGAAUAUUCCGGGUUGACCAUCCUCAGAAAGCCUCCGGCCUUGAGGACAGUCCCGAGUGUCUGCUUUUCACGAGCUCACUGAAAUGGACUUCUCGGAGAAACUGUGUAUAUGUAUCUCUUGCUUGUCUUUCAUGCAUGUACUGGUUGUCAGUGUUGGUUUCUGGAUUACAGAAAUAGGACCAAAAACUAUAAAUGCACCAAAUUCCAGAGUGUAGUUGAGGCUGCAGUACAGAGUAGAUCAGUUUGAAGCCUAGUCAUAAUAAAAAUACAUGUCUGUGGACAACCUGUUUAACUUAUGGUCCUAGAUUACACCAACUUAACUGGCUUACUUAAUGUUUUUCCCUUCCACAUGGUAAUGUUUAUUUUUACCAUAUGUAAUGUGUUGUCUGCACAUGCAACACACACCUAACAUGCUUAAUUGUAGUGUUUUCAGCUCUGAUAACUUUCAUGGGCUAACAAUAGGCUUGUUGUCUCUCAGACAAUGUUGAUCAACACACCGUUGCUCCCUACUUUGAGUUCAGCCUUCACAUGUCAUUAGAUGGUUUUAAAAUUUCUCUCUCAAUUCGUUCCCACACUAACAAGUCUACAUUCCCAUACACAUUUAGCCUAAAAAUGCUCAUAGUUGUCCCCAGACAUUGUAUGUGUUUACAUGCACUUAAUAAUCCAAUAACUGCAGAAAAUCAGAUUUUGUCAAUAAUCCGAUCAACGCGUUUGCAUGCACUUGAGUAAUCAGAUAAUGGGGAAACUCCAGGUCUACAUGAGUCAGGCAAGAAUUGUAUUUCUGCUUACAAUCCACCAAUUAACUCACAGAAGAUGUGACACAAACAUAAUGUAAAACUCAAAGUUCAUGCCGCGUUUUUUUUUUUUUAAACAU